GCAGGCAGCUGAAACUGUAAAGUACGCUCUGAUGAUUUCUCAUGCUGAUGGAACUGAAUUAAAUCCUUCCUCUGUCUUUUCCAGGAUUACUUUGUGGUGUCAUAUAAAUCUGCUCUAUGACAGCACAUCACUGAAGCUGGCAUUGAAGGGGACGCUUGAUGAAUAUGACCCUGUGGGCUCAUUGCCUUGUUCAACUCAUUACAGUGUGUUCCUUCAACUCUGUAUUUUCCAGUAUCCAUCCCCUGGCAGAAAUAGAAGAUGCUCUCCUGCGGAACCUUUUUAUGGGAUACCAGAAAUGGGUGAGGCCUGUGCAUAACCCCAAUAAGACAAUAAAAGUCAAUUUUGGCCUGAAAAUAUCCCAGCUCGUGGAUGUGGAUGAAAAAAAGCAAUUGAUGACCACAAACGUCUGGCUGCGGCAGGAAUGGGUGGAUUUAAAAUUGCAAUGGAAUCCUAAAGAUUAUGGAGGAAUUACUUAUAUCAGAGUACCUUCCGAAUCCUUGUGGCUUCCUGAUAUUGUCCUAUUUGAAAAUGCAGAUGGGCGUUUUGAGGGAUCUUUGAUGACAAAAGCAAUAAUAAGAUAUGACGGGACAGUAAUAUGGACUCCACCAGCAAGCUAUAAAAGCUCCUGCACUAUGGAUGUCACUUUUUUUCCAUUUGACCGCCAGAACUGCUCAAUGAAAUUUGGAUCAUGGACUUAUGAUGGGAACAUGGUUGAUCUCAUUCUUUUAGAUGCAAAUGUAGACAGAAAGGAUUUUUUUGAUAAUGGAGAAUGGGAUAUCUUAAAUGCCACUGGUCUAAAAGGGAUGAGGAAAGACGGGCUUUACUCUUACCCUUACAUAACCUAUUCUUUUGUUUUGAGGCGUUUGCCACUGUUCUAUACACUAUUCCUUAUCGUCCCUUGCUUGGGACUGUCUUUCCUCACGGUCCUUGUGUUCUACCUUCCUUCUGAUGAAGGAGAAAAGUUGUCCCUCUCCACAUCUGUCUUGGUAUCACUUACAGUGUUUCUUCUUGUUAUUGAAGAGAUCAUUCCAUCCUCUUCUAAGGUCAUUCCCUUGAUAGGAGAAUAUCUCUUAUUUAUCAUGAUAUUUGUGACACUGUCUAUCAUUGUCACCGUGUUUGUUAUUAACGUCCACCACCGGUCCUCUGCAACGUACCAUCCAAUGGCCCCAUGGGUAAAAGGACUUUUUUUGCAGAAGCUUCCGAGACUGUUAUGUAUGAAAGGGCAUGUUGAUCGAUUCUCCUUUUUGGAUUCUGAAAAUACUGCUCCGGCCUCCAAAGGAAAAAUAUCUGGUAAAAGGAAACACAUUCAAGCAAAUGAUGGAGAAAAAAUUCUAAUUGCUUUCUUGGAAAAGGCGUCUGAUUCUAUUAAAUAUAUUUCAACUCAUGUCAAAAAGGAACAUUUUAUUAGACAGGUUGUACAGGACUGGAAAUUUGUGGCUCAGGUUCUCGAUCGCAUCUUUCUCUGGCUCUUCCUCACUGUCUCCAUCACAGGCUCUGUUUUAAUUUUCACCCCUGCACUACAGAUGUGGCUUAAUAGCUACAAUGUCUAAUUCUGUCACAUCGUAGUCAGACAAUUGUAGUCAGAUCACUGUUGACAACUGUAGCCAUGUCAUGUUAACUUCACUUUGUAGCAAUCGAUAUCAUAUGUUAUAUUCAGCCAGUCCUUCUUUCUUCUGACCCACUGUCAAAUAAAUUUAUGUCUCAGUGCAAUA